UCUAAUCACACGUACUAAUUCUCAAACCAAAUUUGCAUUUCAAGAAAUAUUUUAUAUGCAUUUUAAAGACGCAAAUUCAUUCCUUCAAAAUAAGGGCACUUAGUAGGCAGCCUAUUCAGGCUGUGUUCGUACGGCGCCAUUUUCCCUGGGAGGGCAUGUUAACAGAAGCACACUUUCAACAUGCACUAUUAAGGGCCCUAGAAAUCUGUUUUACGAAGUGAUAUAAAAUAUGGAUUCUGCGUCGACCAGCUCUAAACUCAUCUAUAAAAUGUCUACUGAGGACAUCACAAAGCUGAUAGAGCUGCGAUCGAGCACCUCGGCGCUUUUUGACGGGAGGAAAAAUUCAUCUAAAACAGCCUGGAGCGCAAUACUCAGAGAAAUGGGGCUUGAGGAAAAGAUGACAACUGAGCAGAUGGCCAAAAAGUGGGAAAACCUGAAAGCAAGAUAUAAGGAUGCAAAAUAUCCCCCCGCCGGAGUGGAGAAGAACCCCACCUGCUGGAAAUGGUUCAAUCUCAUGGACAAUGCUCUGGGUGAAGAGUUUGAUGAAACGAUAAGCCAGCAAGUGAUCACAGCAGAAGCUGACAAUGAUAAUGCACCUCUCCCAAGUAAGAAGCUACGCCAGAUUAAAGUCGGAGGGGAAAUAUUGGAAUUUCUGGAAGAGGAAGGAUCUCCGGUGAACGUGCCGACGGCCUCCAGACUGGAUCUGGUUAAGCGGGGAAGACAAAAAGGCAAGCAGAAGACAGAAAGUCACUCGCUGGAUGACAUGAGAACCAAACUUCAAAGAGAAAGACAGCUUCUAGAAAAGGAGCUUGGAGGCCUGGACAGAGAAAAAGCCCUUUUAGUGCGGGAAAGGGCUCUUGCCAAUCGGGAAAGAGCAGCGCUUCAGCGGGACAGAGCCCAGGUAGAGAAGGACAAAGCUGCGGUUAACAGAGACAAGGCGUCUUUGGAGCAGGACAGAACCCGACUGCAGAAAGAUAAAGAAGCUUUGGCAAGGGACAGAGUGGAACUUGACAGAGACAGAAGGUCGGCACACAUCACUAAUCACGUGAAAAGCAGUUCAGGAUGCAAUGGGAUGGACUGCCCUCAAGAAAAAAACAGAGAAAGAUUAAUAUUCUUACUUGAAAAGGUGAUUGAAAAAAUGUGAAGCGGGUCUCAGAUGGGUGCAAACCUCAGGGAAAAACUGCGAUGAGUUAAUGGGAUUAUCUGAACAACCCUUCAGAUAGUAUACCAUUUGUGCCACACAAUGAUUAUCAAAACCAGAUUCAUGGUCCACCUUGUUGUUGUCAUUCAGAAACUGUUAAAAUCCAGCUAAAAGUAUAAAAAACUGUUUAUUGACAGGUUCUACUGUAGAGACAACUGACCCCAUAUAGAGUCAUAGACGCUAAUGUGUGUUCAAUAAACAGUAUCUUUUUUUCUUGUUAUUAA